CGUCUGACCAGAACUGAACAUCCACAACACUUCAAGGUGAAUCUACAGAGAAUCCUCAAGUGGACUUUUGGAUAAACUAUGGCAUCAGCAAUUACAAAGGCUACCCAGCAUCUCUCCAGAGCAUCAGAUGGCCGAGAUGACACAAAGCUGCUCAUGCAGCCUUAUGCCAACUGGGAAGAGUACCUGACCCCUGGGCCCCUGUCCAUUGCAAUAAUGGGAGAGUUAGUCUUCAUAUCAUCCAAUGUCGAUUUCUCCAUCAACAAAAAUCCACCCAAAGACGGCUUCAAGCACAUCAGAUACCCAGAAUCCUUCCGAGCCUGCCUGAUGCAAGUCUGCAAUGCUGGCUGGGCAGCUUUCAACGAGGCGCACAAGAACAUGGAUCAAAUCCGCCUCCACACUGGGAAUGUGCCAAAGUACAUCAAGGAGUCAGUGAAGAUCCUCCUUCAGGACGACGAUGAGCUGGUCCAGGCCCUUCUCCCUGACCAGCUUGAGAAUAUUGACCACAUGUCACAGGACUGCCUGCAAUUAGCUGAGCGGACGGAAAAGAAAUUCAUGAACGUCAUUGAGUUGAUCCAGGAGCUCCUUGAGGCGUGCACCAAUGCCAAGCAGAGCUACGGUGAGGAACUUGAAACUGUCAAGCGCAAGAUAGAGGAGGCGAAGCUACGCAAGAAGGCAUCGGACGAAGCCAACGCACGUGCAGAAAAAGCUAUGAAGGAAAUGGAUAAGCAGCUCAGCGAUGCUCAAAGGAGCUUCAAUGAGUCGAUGGACUCUCUACCAACUGGGUGGGAAGUAGUUGGAAUGAACCUGGUUGAAGGGCUCUCAGCAGGUCUCAUGACUUAUCUUAACUCAAUGACAAGGGCCAGUGCAAUGUCUUUGCUCACCAGCCAACUCUCACCUACGAAUACUGGAAUCACUUCGCAACCCCAGGGCAUUCAACCACAGAGGCAGGCAAAUGAUCCAUUUGCUGCAAACAAUAUCUUCUCCAAGUCAGCUGAACUUUUGUCUCACUGUGAAUCUCUGAAAAUGUUUGUUGGUGGAAACAGGCAGAUCAACGAGGCAGAACUUUACGAUCAACAACGUCAAAAAGCUAAAUCAGAUUUUCAAAAAAACAAUUUCCAUAGAAUAUUAACAUCUAUCCAAUCUGAGAAUGAAUGUGAGCCAAAAGUGCAAGCUGUGCAAAUCUGUCAAAAAGGCAUUUCCCUGUGUGAUAAGCUUGGUCAAUACGCAGUGGAGAAGCAAGCUAGGCCUGAACUGGAACCUGCAUCCGACCAGACUGCAAACCAGCUCAUUUACCUGAUUGAUGAAAUAUAUGGCCUGGCUCAAUCAUUUGACUCAAAGAGCAAACACAUCACCAACACAGCUGCCUUCCCUGUUAAACCACCUCAGUUGAUCCAAAGCCAAAGCCAAGCUGGUGGGCCAGAAACAAAGAGCGCCAGUCAGAUGGCCACCGAAAACGCCCGACUGCGCAUCGAGCAAAGUCGCGCCCAACUGGACGCGGUGAGAGCGAUGUAUCAGAAGAGCGCUGACAACAUGGAGAAGAACAAACGGGAGCUGACUGAGAUUCUGGUGAUGAUGAGAAACUGCGAGGUCAAAGAGAUCGAUUUCAAGACCACCAUCAAGAUGCUAGUGAAAGGUCUGGAUGCCAUGGGGAGGGUGAAGGAGCAAUGGGAGAAAAUGGUGCGAUUCUUUCAGAUGAUGUCUAACAUUAUCAAGACCUGCCUGAAAACCUGUCUGGAUAAUUUCCUGAAAACAGCCUCAAAGGCCACAAACACAUCUCUAAAGUACUCCUCGCGAAUGUUCAUGAAAGAUAUGAUUUACAACCAGGCCUUCCAAGCCUCUAACAUUGCCAGUCUGGUGAACAUGAUUUCGGGGACUUAUGCUGAAGUCUCUGCCAAAUACCUGAUGGAUCGUGUCAGUAGCCUGGGCAGGCUGAUGGCCCUUGACCCCAGCAACCCACAAUUCACAGCAGAGCGAACAGGUCUCCAGAACGCUUGUGAAGAGGCACAAGAUGGAAUAAGACGACUUGUCCUUGAAAACAAGCGGAAAUUUGAGAUGAGGACGCAAGACAGAAUGAAGAAAAUUGAGGGAGAUCUACUUGCAGUAAUGCCUCCACCACGCGAGGAAGAAACAAACAAAGUGAAGGCAAUUGUUCAAAGUGCCUUCACAAAAGAAGAUGAAGAUCAAUUUGUCUAAAUCAGUGAACAUGAAUGGUCAUCAUUACCCACACUGGCAUAACAAGUUUCCCUCUGCUCCUCCCCUCUACAUCAACUAUUCCUUUAAAUCUACAAGGCCAUGAGUUUGAAUGCUUGCUUUGCUAUCGCUUUCUAAUAGUUUGUUUAAUCAAGACUUCACAGAAAUAUACAAACAUACUGUACUCAUAAAUGAAGAAAAUUGAGGAAGAUCUACUUGCAGUAAUGCCUCCACCAAGCAAGGAGGAAACAAACAAAGUGAAGGCAAUUGUUCAAAGUGCUUUCAUAGAUAAAGAAAAAGAAGAAGAUCAAUUUGCCUAAAUCAGUGAACAUGAAUGGUCAUUACCCACACUGGCAUAACAAGUUUCCCUCUGCUCCUCCCCUCUACAUCAACUAUUCAUCUAAGUCUACAAGGCCAUGAGUUUGAAUGCUUGC